AUGGUGUGGAUUAUUUAUGAGCACGUCCUUUUGAAUACAGCUGCAACUGCAGAAAACGUUACCGACUUUAUUAAAGACAAAGUAGAUUCCCUAUGGACACCGAUCGUGUCCAACGGCACUGUUUCGUGUGAUACCUUCUUCACUAUGAGUGGCCUGGUGCUUACAUACUCGAUGCUUAAUUCGAUGAAAAAAUUGAACGGCAAAGUGAAAUGGUUCCAGUAUUACGCACUUCGCUACUUCAGACUCACUCCGCUCAUGAUCAUUUUAGCGGUCUUCUUCAUAACGACAUACCCAUCCUGGACAUCAGGCCCUUGGUGGGCGUCCCAGAGCGAGCAUGCAAUGGAAUGUCAUGAUACAUGGUGGCGGGACUUGCUCUACGUGAACAACUUCCUGGGAGGCUGCUACCAGGCCACGUGGUAUCUAGCUGUAGACAUGCAGCUGUAUAUGAUUAGCCCUAUCUUCCUGUUAUCCCUCUACAGAAAACCUGCUGUUGGCAUCUUCCUUCUCACUGUGUGUACUUUAGCAUCCAUCUCUUACACGCUUUAUCUUACUUAUACGAAACAUAUAACUCAUAUGCUCGUGAAAAUGAUACCUAGAGCGAGUCAGUUGGUUGUUCGAGAACAGUACUACGUCUUACCAUGGUGUCGUGCUCCUCCCUAUCUGAUCGGCAUGGUAAUAGGCUAUGUGCUUCACAGAACCCGUAUGAAAAUCUCCGUAAAUUGGAGGUGGCAGAUCUUUGGGUGGAUCAUCUUCCUACUAAUACAAAUUAGCAAUUUCUACAGCAUCCAACACGCAUUCGUAUUUUAUCCUGACUACUCACCUGUCAGCCCGGCAGAGAACAGUGCAUACAUUUCCCUGUCACGUCCAGCGUGGAGUCUCGGAGUAUGCUGGGUCAUAGUCAUCUGUGUCACCGGAAAUGCUGGGGUAAUCAACUCCUUUCUGUCUUUGCCUAUCUGGGCCGUCGGCGGCAGACUAUCGUAUGCCGGCUACCUGACGCACUUGUUUGUUGUGUUUUGGUACCUACGCAGCAGGACAAGUAAUCAGUGCAUAGAUUACUGGAGUGUGUUCGUAGAUACCUCGGGGAUUCUUCUCAUUACAUAUUUCAUUGCUGUAUUUCUUACCUUGUUGAUAGAGAUGCCCCUAAGGAAAAUAUUGGGAGUGCUGUUCAAGAAGUGA